AUGUCGGGAUAUCAUAAAGUGAAUUAUUAUGAAUUGUGUCGUUUGUGUACCAGCAGUGAAGGUAACAAGAUAAAUAUUUUUCGUGAUGAAGGACGUAGACGAGAACUGCAUACAAAAAUACAGACGUAUCUUCCGAUACAGAUUAUGGAAGAAGAUUCAUUACCAAAAGUUGUAUGCCAUGAAUGCGUCAAAAAGGUAGAAAAUUACAUAGAAUUUCGAGAAGCUGUUGUCAAUGCUGAGGGUAUGUUGGAAUCUUAUUUCACUUCACUUCGUUUUUCUGAGGAAUUUCUGAAAGAAGGAAAAGUUUAUGUAAAGAAUACUGAAAAAGAAAGAUCGUCUACACCAGAGGACGAAGUUCUAAAGUUAAUGGAUAAACCAAUACUAAUGGGAGGUCAAAUAAUAAGUAAUCAACAAACAAUAGAUCAAAUACAUCAGCAACCUGUCGUAGUUAGCAAUAUAAAUGCUUCUAAUAUACAAAUUAUUAGUGGUGUUCAAGCAAGGGUACAACAAUACAAAUGUGCUAUGCAGAUGCAACCGGAUGGUAUGGCAGCAGCUGUUGUUGAAGCUACAGCAGAGACUCAUUAUAGUUAUCAACAACAAACUUCUCAAGUAUCACAACAAUCAAACGAAGCACAAAAUCAAAUCAGUGAUCAACAAAAUCAAUCUCCUGUAAUUCAGACACAAACUCAAAAUCAAGAUACAGUACAGAAUCAUACAGAUUCCAAGUACGAAGUACAGAAUCAUAACCAAAUAAAUCAGCAAGUACAAUCCCAAAGAGCAAUGUCUCAGCAAUUGAGUCAAUCUGUACAGUUAUCUCAACAGGUCCAACAGCAAAGUCAAAGUCAAAGUCAAAUCAGUCAACAAGUAGAAAAUCCAUCACAAAUAUCACAGCAGCUUCAACAAUUACAGAGGCAACAGCGUGAAUUUGAAAAGCAGCAUAGACAACUUCAACUUGAGAAACAAGUGCAAAUUAUAACACAACACGAGUUUUCAGUAAAACAAGAGACACCAGUUGUACAUCAAAAUAAUAAUAUAGUUUUCAAAACUGAAGCAGAUAUAGAACCGAAUCAACAAAUCAUACAAAAGAUACAAUCUGAAACUCAAAAAGAUGAAUCUCCUAACUUAACUGUACAAACUUAUACUACAGUACAAGCAACGCCAGAAGUAUUUCUAAAUUUAGGUUUCAAAGAGACUUCAUUAAUGACGAUUCGAGACGACAAAGAUUAUAAAGAAUUGACAAAAACAUCUGAUGAUGGAAUGUCUCGUAAUUCAAUUGAACAGAUCAGAGAAUUUCUCAGGCUUAGGUCAGGAUCGGAGCCAACUUCUUUAAUCCCUGCGAAUUCUCAAGGACUUUCACAGGGUGGGAGAAACACUAUUUGUCGCGAUUGUGGUAAAAAUUUUCCUUCAUUCUAUCAAAUGAGCAAUCAUAAUUGUAACGUAGAGACACUUGUAAGCGAACCAUCGGAUCCUGGAAGUAAGGAUGAUAUCUUACAAACUAGUGUUAAUUCCUUUCAUUGUGACAUUUGUAAUAAGUAUUUUAAACGGAAAGAGCACCUUUUCCAACAUCGAAAAUUACAUACUGGUGAGCGACCGUAUGCGUGCACGACAUGUUCAAAAGCAUUCAGUCGUAAGGAACAUUUAGUUAGACAUGCGGUUUCUCAUACUGGACAGAAAAUGCAUGAAUGUGAAAUGUGUGGUAAAAGUUUUUCGCGUAAGGAUAAUCUACACAAACAUCGAAAAACGCAUGGUGUAUCUGGCCCUUAUGUUUGUGAAACUUGCGGAAAGUCAUUCGUUGUAAAACAUUAUUAUAUGAUGCAUUUAACUACUCAUGCGGUAGCUGUCAUAGACGGUAUAAAUUGUUCUGAUCCAUUUCCAUAUAAAUGCGACUUAUGCCACAAAGCAUUUUCAGUAAAACAGUAUCUUACUACACAUAGACUUAGGCAUAGAUCAAAAAAUAAUAAUUCUGCACAAAAUAAUUUAAACGGGCAUCAACAACAAUCAAAUUCCACAAAUGAUGUGAAUGUAGUGACAAAUAAUGUUAGUAAUACUGGAAAUUUAAAUAAUAAUGGGCAAGCUAGCAAUGAAUCGACUGUUGAAAUGCAAAGCGUUAUUGAACGGAACGAACAAGUUAAUAGUUCAUUUACUAACAGUCAGUAUCAUACUGAUAUGCAAGAGUUUUAA